UAUAAGAGCAUUGCAUCUUUCUCUGCCUCUUUCACACAUACUCCAUGUGUUCACUGGGAAGGGGAUAGUCCAGGGGAUAAAAAGGGAUUAUAUUGUCCACCUCUCUUUCCAGGGAUUAUUUUUGGAAGAAAGGACCUUUGUCUUCUUCAGAGGAGCAUUAGCCUGACCAUGAGCAGAAACUACAACGUCACACUCCUGGGACCUGCUCCCUGGGGCUUCAGGCUGCAAGGUGGGAAGGACUUCAACCUGCCGCUCACCAUCUCCAGGCUAACUGAUGGUGGAAAGGCAGCCAAAGGUGGAAUUGCCGUGGGCGACAUGGUUCUAUCCAUCGACGGCAUUGCCACAGAAGGAAUGAACCACUUGGAAGCCCAGAACAAGAUCAAGAGCUGCACUGGAAAUCUCAGCCUCACCCUGCAGAAGGUCUCCAGUGCUCCCAAACCACCUCCUGUAGCACCAAAGGUGGACAGAUCAGAUGUAAUUAAACCAGUGGCCCUCACCCAUCCACCCUCUCCACCCAUGCCCCACCCUUUCAGUGCCAGCUCUCCCACCAUCCCCAUCACCAAGGCCUUUAGAUCCUACGAAGGAUACGCAUCGGGAAAAGAGUCCCCUUCUUUACAACCGUCUUUUGCGACCUGUAUUCCGUCACCUUUGUCAGCAUUUACGCCCGCCUCCCCCCACCUCAGUCCACCUCUUCCUCCCCCACCCCUGUCACCCUCAUCCUCCCUCUCUACCUCUCCACCCGUCCUCGUGCCGCCUCAACCCUCGGUGUAUAACACUCCCAUCAACCUUUACUCCACUGAAAAUGCGUGUGAGGUGGCGAUGGGACAGAGGCGGGGCCUCCUGGAGAGUCAGGGCGGAGCCUUGCCAAUGCAUUUUAAUGGAGCUCCCAGGAAACAUGUUGUGGAGACAGACAUUCAUUUCUACCACGUGCCCACUCAUGCUGAUGCCAGCAGGAAGCGCAUCAUGGAGGACACGGAGGACUGGCGUCCACGCACCGGUACUACCCAGUCCAGGUCGUUCAGGAUCCUGGCUCAGAUCACUGGCACUGAGCGUGCACAAGAGGAAUCUGACAAAGCAAAGAAAACAAAUGACAAAGGGGAGGAGCCUGAACUCAACAGCCAUGAAUCCGCCAUUGUCAAGACCAUGGUCAAAGGUUCUGCAGUCACACAAAGGAAUGGGACCGCCAGCGUUCCGCGGGGUCCGGCACCAGCUAGACCUCUUCCUCAACCCCACCCCAAAGACGAGGACACCCUGGUCCAGAUGGCGGAACACUACCCCGCUGGAACCCGCACACCCAUGUGUGCCCACUGCAACAUGGUUAUCAGGGGGCCGUUCCUGGUGGCGAUGGGCAAAGCGUGGCAUAAAGAAGAGUUCAACUGCGUCCACUGCCGUACAUCCCUGGCAGACAUCGGCUUUGUGGAGGAGCAGGGCUCCGUCUUCUGUGAACACUGUUACGAAGAGUUCUUGGCGCCAACGUGUGCCCGCUGCCAGACCAAGAUCCUGGGGGAAGUUAUAAAUGCCCUUAAGCAGACAUGGCAUGUCUACUGCUUCACCUGCACUUCAUGUGAGCAGCCCAUAAGAAACAACACCUUCCACCUGGAAGAUGGGGAGCCAUAUUGUGAGCAGGAUUUCUACACUUUGUUUGGGACCUGUUGCCACGGCUGUGAGUUUCCUAUAGAAGCAGGAGACAGAUUCCUGGAAGCGCUGGGCUACACUUGGCAUGACACCUGCUUCGUCUGUGCAGUGUGCUGCAACUCACUGGAAGGACAGAAGUUCUUCUCCAAGAAAGACAAACCUCUUUGCAAGAAACAUGCCUACAGUCUGAAAAUAUAAAUUGUUGGCUCUUUUUUUUUUUUUUUUUUUUGGCUCCCCUGUGUAUAAGAUUGUGGUGGAAAUGUUCCAUAAAUAACUUCCGUAAUGACAGGUUGUUACUUUGCCAAGUGAGCUUAACCAGGAGCCUCUGUUGAAUCAAGUCUUUUUCUUUUUAAUAUAAACUCAGCCUAGUUCAGGAAUGUGGUUCUGAUUGAGUUUGUAAUUACUUCCUUCAAUGAUUUUAUAUAUUUGCCUGAAGUUUUGACUGUAUUUUCCACUAAUGAAACGAGGAGAGGUAAUUUAAAAGCAUAAUAGUAUCAAACUUCUGAUCGUUUUUUAAAUAUAUUUUUUCAUGUCAUUGUCGAUGUCAAGUAGAAUGAGAGUAACAAUUUAUUUGUUAAAACAUAGUUAUGAGUGGAAUUGAAAUAUUAUAGCAGUUUGACUUCCGGGUUCUUUACUAAGACCACAAGUACUUCAACUCAGUUUUAUGAAUCACGCUUUUCUGUGUUUAAAUUUUAAAAUGAUAUUAUAUUAUUAUGGGACAGCAACAGGCAUUUAUUGUUUUUAUUUAUGUUUUCAUCAUUACUUCUUAUGAGUGAAACCGGUUCGAAUACAGACAAAAAAACAAAAAAAAAACCCAAAACAACCUACACUCUUGUGUAUCAGAAAUAAUUGUUUUAAUAAAAUGUU